AUGAAAUUCACGGAGCAUCUUUCCGCUCACAUCACCCCGGAAUGGAGAAAACAGUAUAUUCAGUACGAGGCCUUCAAAGAGAUGUUAUAUGCUGCCCAGGACCAGGCCCCAUCCAUUGAUGUGACAGACGAGGACACCGUUAAACGUUACUACGCAAAGUUUGAAGAGAAGUUCUUCCAGACGUGUGAAAAGGAACUGGCCAAGAUUAAUACGUUUUAUUCCGAAAAGCUGGCUGAAGCUCAGCGAAGGUUCGCCACCUUACAGAACGAAUUGCAGUCGUCGUUGGACGCUCAGAGGGAGAUUGCCACGAAUGGGGGGGGCCUGCGGAGGAGGAAAACUGUUUUUACGCUAUCGCAGCAAGAACGAUGCAAACACAGAAAUAUCAAAGAUCUUCAGCUGGCCUUUUCUGAGUUCUACCUCAGCCUGAUCCUUUUGCAGAACUACCAGAACCUGAAUUUUACAGGUUUCCGAAAGAUCUUAAAGAAGCAUGAUAAGAUUUUGGAUACAUCGCGGGGCGCUUACUGGAGAGUUGCUCACGUGGAAGUGGCGCCGUUCUACACUUGCAAGAAAAUUACACAGCUCAUAUCUGAAACUGAGGCAUUGGUCACAACGGAGUUGGAAGGGGGUGACCGGCAAAAGGCAAUGAAGAGACUGAGGGUUCCUCCUUUAGGAGCUGCACAGCCGGCUCCUGCUUGGACUACUUUUAGAGUUGGACUUUACUGUGGAGUAUUCCUUGUCUUAAUGGUCACAGUUAUUAUUACAGCCGUCAUGUUUCCUAUCGCUGACGUUUGGCCAAUGAUCAGGAUCUAUAGGGGAGGCUUCCUGUUAAUAGAAUUCCUCUUCCUCUUAGGGAUUAAUACCUACGGAUGGAGGCAAGCAGGAGUCAACCAUGUGCUUAUAUUUGAACUCAAUCCCAGAAAUAAUCUCUCCCAUCAACAUCUGUUUGAGAUUGCCGGACUUUUGGGGGUGCUAUGGUGCGUCAGCCUGCUCUCAUGUCUAUUUAGCGACAGCAUUCCAGUUCCCAUGCAAGCUAAUCCUUUGGCUCUUUACGGAUUCUUCAUCGUCUUCCUCAUCAACCCAUUCAAGACCUGCUAUUACAAGUCACGCUUCUGGCUUCUCAAACUUCUGUUUCGCGUAAUGACAGCGCCAUUCCAUCGCGUUGGCUUUGCAGACUUCUGGUUGGCCGAUCAGUUGAACUCUUUGGGAAUUGUUCUGUUAGAUGUGGAGUACAUGAUCUGUUUUUACAGUUUUGAACUUGACUGGAAAAAACACGAUGGACUCAUCAGCAGCGAAGGUAACGAUGUGUGUAAUACCUACUCCUAUGGCGUCCGCGCAGUGAUUCACUGUCUUCCUGCUUGGUUCAGAUUCAUCCAGUGUCUGCGUCGUUACCGGGACACGAAAAGGGCCUUCCCUCACCUGGCUAACGCUGGGAAAUACUCCACUACGUUCUUUGUAGUAACUUUCGCUGCUCUCUACAGCACACAUAAAGCUCAAUCGUACGAAGAUGCCAAGAUCUUCCUGUACUUGCAUGUCACAUGUUUGGUGGUCAGCUCUUGUUACACGCUAGUCUGGGAUUUAAAGAUGGACUGGGGCCUUUUUGACCGCAAUGCUGGAGAAAAUACAUUUUUGAGGGAGGAGAUAGUCUACCCACACAAGGCCUAUUACUACAGUGCCAUAGUGGAGGAUGUGCUGUUGAGAUUUUCCUGGAUUCUAACAGUCACCCUCAGCACGUUCACCGUUGUUCCCGGAAUCUCGGACAUACUGGCGACCGCGCUGGCCCCAAUGGAGGUCUUUAGGCGUUUUGUAUGGAACUUUUUCCGACUGGAGAACGAACAUCUGAACAACUGCGGUGAGUUCAGAGCAGUCCGAGACAUUAGCGUGGCUCCCUUAAAUGCGGACGACCAAACGCUGCUGGAGCAGAUGAUGGAUCAAGAGGACGGGGUCAGGAACCGACAAGGCAAAAAGAGCUGGAAACGCAGCUACAGUAUGAGUCUACGCAGGCCGAGACUUGCUUCACAAUCCAAGAGCCGUGACACCAAGGUUUUAAUAGACGAUACAGAUGACGACUCCUGA